UAUCAGUCCACCUGUAGACUGUAACUGUCAGCUGGACCGAACAGCAGAGUUUGUUCAAACUGUCAGCAGAACUGAAGAGAUCAAAUCAGAACAGGCCAGUUUAGAACCAGACAGAUCAUUCAGACCAGAACAGAACUGAUUAGAGAGGAUGGCUGCACCUCAGAAAGGAGAUCUGUCAGCAUCUGAGAGGAAGAUCCUGAAAGUUAUUGCUGCUGGUGAUGUACAGGAGGCUGCCCAGCUGCUUGCUAGCAAAGAACUACGAGUCAACUGUUUGGAUGAGUAUGGCAUGACUCCACUGAUGCAUGCAGCCUAUAAGGGCAAGGCAGAUAUGUGUCGCCUGCUGCUGCAGCAUGGGGCCGAUGUCAACUGCAACCAGCAUGAAUAUGGAUACACAGCUCUCAUGUUUGCUGGCCUGUCAGGGAAAACAGACAUCACCUCCAUGAUGCUGGAUGCAGGAGCAGAGACAGACAUGGUGAAUUCUGUGGGUCGCACUGCUGCUCAGAUGGCAGCGUUUGUAGGCCAGCACGACUGUGUAACAGUGAUCAACAACUUCUUCUCACGGGCGAGGCUGGAGUACUACACCAGACCACAGGGGCUGGAGAGGGAGCCCAAGCUGCCCCCCAGGCUGGCAGGACCCCUUCACAAGAUCAUCAUGACCACCAACCUCAACCCGGUCAAGAUAGUCAUGCUGGUGAAGGAGAACCCUGUGCUGGUGGACGUGUCAGCUCUGGAGAAGUGUUACCAGGUGAUGGACCUGCUGUGUGAGCAGUGUGUGAAGCAACAAGACAUGAACGAGGUCCUGGCCAUGAAGAUGCACUACAUCAGCUGUGUUCUGCAGAAAUGCCUGGCCUUCCUACAGAAACGAGAUGACAAGCUGGACGCACUUGUCAAGAGCCUGUUGAGGGGGAGAGACAGUGAUGGCUUCCCACAGUACCAGGAGAAGUUCAUUCGGGACUGCAUCAGGAAGUUUCCUUACUGCGAGGCCACACUCCUUCAGCAGCUGGUGAGGAGCAUUGCACCGGUAGAGAUUGGCAAUGACCCAACAGCAUUCUCAGUGUUGACCCAGGCCCUGACAGGUCAGAUGGCGUUUGUAGAUGCUGACUACUGUGCUACAUGUGGGGAGAGGGGAGCAGACAAGAGGUGUUCCCUUUGUAAAGCAGUGACUUACUGCAGCUUGACGUGCCAAAAGCUCCACUGGUUCACCCAUAAAAAGAUGUGCAGGUCUCUGCAGGAGCAGGAUGCUGACCUGGAGAAGGACACUCCAAGGUUGAAAGAACUGAAAGAUGAUGACAGCGACCUGGUGAUGGAGACAGCAAACUUCCUACAAGAGCUUUGUCUGCGGGCAGAGAAGAAGGUGGCUGCGGCAGGAGGCUGCCCUGCAGAGCUGCUGGCCUGUCCCUCCACCUCUGCUGAGGGACCGUCCUGCUCCCAAGACUGAGGCAGGACAACCAACCAAGGGUCCUGAACAAUGCUGACUCAUCUCUUUUUGUGAAUCUUCACAAAAGUUACAUAUGGACAGGCGUGGCUGAACAGAAACCAUGUCAGCAGGGUACAUCCUAUAUAUUUCACAUCAAGCCAUGUAGUUUUAGAUAAUCAGUGAUACAAAAUAAUGUUUAUUAUAUAUAUUGUAUAUUUAUACAUGGGCAGCUGCAAAAAGUUGAGGUAUUAAGAUUUUCCAUAUUAUAAAUAAGAAACCUUAUAAAUUGAUGCCAGCAAACACCCUGGUUAGUCUGAUAAGUGAAUAAGAGGCAUAAAGUGAAGUUUACUGUUGGUAAUUCCAGAUUUUUCAGGGUGGAACAAUCGCUCACUACUGUUAAAGAGACUGUUUGGACUUGUCUAAAAUAUCUACAGUAUGGCAUCUCAAAUAUUAAGGAGGUGACUUCAUUCUUUCCCCUAUGUUUGAUAACUUUGAGAGAUCAUAUUUUUUCCACGUAUUAUCAGUUUUUUAGCAGGAUACCUCAAAAUGUUAUGAAUGAAUUUGCAUGUAGACCUGGUUGGUCAUAAAUCAAGACAAGUGAUUAAUAUGACUUAAGUUUGAAGUUUUUGUGCAUAUCAACAGACAUAAGAGAACAAUCCUCCAUGUUUGGCACAAUGAGAGUGCUGGAGAGCUGGAUUUGUGGUGCUAUAAGGUAAAAUUGUUUAAAAGAAGUUAGAACUGGCGCCCCAGUUCUCGCUGACCAUGAACUGCAAUGGGAACUGCUUGGUUCGCACUGGGCCGUGACCUUUGUUGCAUAUCAUUCCCCAUCUCUCACCUCAUUUUCUGUUUUCUCUUUACUGUCACUACCUAAUAAUGGCAUAAAAUGCCAACAAAUAAUGAAAAAAAGCAGCAAGAACUUUGUUCAUUUAUACUGACCUAUUGCCACAGAGGAACAUUGAUUUUGGAUGAUUCUGCAAAACCCCAGAUUGCGGUCAACAACAAAAAUUUUUAAUGUCCAAAGAUUUUUUAAAUUGUCGCUUUCAACAAUAUCUGCACAUGUCGACUAUGGUAUGGUUAAGGAUAGGGAACACUUGUGGUUAUGGCAAACAGACUAUGGUUAAGCAACAAAAAACAUUUGGUUAAGGUUACAGUGAUAAAAAGGAAAAUAUUAAUUGUAAUUCUGUGAUGGGACGCAAACAACAAUCUCUUGCAAAAAAAAAAAAGUCAAACAUGCCCAUCCAUCACCUUGACCUCCACAUGGCAUUUCUUGACAAUUACAUUGCCUUGGUGAUAGCAUUCUCUCUACUGGUGAGAAUGAAUUUGAUUUUGCAGUGUUAACAGGACACAUGGUAACAAUGUUAAUGAGUGAGUUGCACCACACAAACACAAGAGUGGCCUAGUCCAAUCAAGUAGAACAGCUGCAUCAGGCCAUCAGGGGCCUCAAUUCCACAGUUUUACAUUUAGGAACCUUAUAUCAUCUGUGUCCAAUAACCAGGUGGUUUCUGAUCUGUAGGUUAAGAAAAAGUUUAGGCCAAGGACUUAAUUGGUUUCAAUAAAAAAGGUCAAGUAAGGUAUAUCAUGAUCUUAUUGUUUAAAACUUGCAAGUGCCAUUUUCAGUCCAGUACGUAGUGAUGUAUCAGUAAAUAACAUGAUAGGUGCAGCAUGACCUCUAGACCUCUAGUCACAUAAAGUUCUCUUUUGUGCUCUCUUUAUUUACAGUAUUUUCAUAGAUUGUACAUCACUUUCUUGCAAAAUGUAUAGAUAUGUCAGGUUGUGAACUGCAUGUACAUGCAUGUUUUUAGAUGAGUUAUCUCUACACUACAUCCCUGCAUAUAUCAUGAUGUAGGAAGAGUCUUUGCAUUAGUGUGGUUAGAAUACCAAGCUGUGUAAUUUAUUAGAGGUGUUUUAGCCAGUCACUAUUAUGUUUGUCAAGCAGGGAAACAGGGAACAGGAGGGAAUAAGACCCAUAGGCAGAUGAAGAGGCGCAGUUCAGUGAUUUAUUGAACACAAAAGGGCUUUCAGGCAGGGGUCAAAUUUUGGGAAUCGGUCCAUCCAUCCAUCCAUCCAUCCAUUUUCUACCGCUUGGUCCCGUUAGGGGUCGCGGGUGACUGGAGCCUAUCCCAGUGACUUUGGGCCUUAGGCAGGGUACACCCUGGACAGUGGCCAACUCGUCGCAGGGCUGGGGAAUCGGUCCAAAACAGACAAACAGAUACAACAGGGAGCAGGCCGAGUCCAAAAUCCAGCAGGGUCCAAGGGAAACGAAGUAUCAAUCCAAAAGAACACACCGAUAACAAAUGCCAGGACACUUGACAAAGAGGAACUGAUAUAGACCAAAGGAAUCAUAUAUAUAUACACUCAGGUGAAGGGAGACACAGGUGAAACUAAUCAGGGCAGGGCAGCUAAUCAAAAAUGGUGGGAAAAGCAAACAACGACAGGAAGUAAAACUACCAGACACAUGAGGGGAAAAGAGCAUUUCAAAACAAAACAGGAAAUAACCAUACACAAACCCUCAAACCAUGACAGUCACAUCAAAGUGAACACACAUUUCAGUUCUGUAUGUAGGAUCAGACACAGCUUUGUGUCAUGAACUACAUACCAAGAGUGAUUGUAUUUAUGAAAAAGAUUUCUGCAGUUUCCUGAACUGAAGUGUGAAAAUACAGUUGUGUCUUGUGAAGUGAUUAUCUUUUUAAAAUAUAUGAUUUUUGUUGUUGUGUUGUUAAACUAUCCACUUCUAUCAGUCUAACAAAACUGCAGAAUUGAAGAAUGUGACUUAUUACUGGGCCUGUCAUUUGCCUUAUCUUUUAAAAUGAAUAAAGUUUGCCUUCAUCAGA